CUCUUUCAGCACACUGAUGUGUUGGUCUGGUGUGUUUGUGAAACGCGAUUUUAGUCCGAUGGCAUGGAACGCAAAAGGAGGCCGUCUCGCUUUAAUAUGUUUAGGGCUAGUUGUGGUAGUAUUGAACUCCUUUGGUCAGUGCACUGCAUUAGCACAAACAAGCUCGUCAAAAUCCUCCAUUGUCCUGGGACCCCAUUUUAAGGGGGAUCUUAACAAUGGUAAAGAGGAGCAGUCUACAGGUGCUGUGCGACUUGGAAGGCUUAUACUUGGACGUAAUGUCAAACCAAGAAAUGCGAGUUUUUCUACUGAUGAACCUACUGUCUCCAGAGUCAGAUCAUCCAAUGGUUCACUGGAUGAUGAUGCUGACUACCAGUCUGACAUGGCUUGGGAGUCUAAGCAGCUGGGAGGACAAGUUUAUGGCAAAGCUAGCCCAAGUAGUCCAGUGGUGGAAAGUCUUUUGCAGAUGGAGCCAAGUGUUGAAUGUGUUGGGGACUCCAUGAAACUGAAGUUCCAUGACACAGGCUCUACACCAGGGUCUCUCUUUUUUGUGGACCGAGGAAAUCAGUCUCCCCUGCCUUUGUCACAGUUGCCCACAAGCUGUGGUCAUUCCAUCAUAGCCACUCGCCAGGAUUGGCUUUUCAUUGCAAUCUAUAAUGGCUGUUAUGUCACACUGGAGGAUGGUAAUUAUGUUCUGCCUUUGCGUUGGUUGGGGUUGCCACUUAAAAUGUCCUGCCCUGCCAAAAAGCCCUCUAAACCCAACGCUCCUACUGUUUCCUGCUACCCUGAGGGCAUGGUGGUGAAAAUGGAAGGUGGCACCUCUGCCAAGGAUCUCAGGGUUAAGUUCAAUGGACACUGGCAGCCAUUGAUGAGAGUUUCGCAGCAGUGUGGCUACAGUGUGGUAGCUCAUCUAGAAGCUGUGAUCAUUUCUGCUCAUUAUGAACCCUGUGUGGAAACUAAGGAUGGGAUGUUCACCCUUGAACUUGCUGGAGAAGGGGAGGUUAAAUUGUCCUGUCCUAGUUCUGUUGACCAGUCUUUCCCUCACCCCAAUUACCCCCAAAACCCUGUGUUUCCUCUUCCUCCCACCAUUGCGCUUCAACCAAGGCCAAUGUUUCCUCAUCGGCCUACUCCACCCCCUAAACCCCAGGCUCCACUGCAUCCUUACUACACAAAGCCUGCUGAGAAGCCAAAACCUGCUACUCUGCCUCCUGGGAACCCUCAUUAUUACUUUUCCUUCUACCCUCAGCCAGCCAAGCCUGUUACUAGCUCUCCACCUAAAGACCCCCAGCCUCCUUGGUAUUCAGAUUCAUUCUACCCUCAGCCAGCUGAGCCAGUAACUCGUAUGCCUGCCACACUUCCCCCUGCAACAGAUGCUCCAAAUGGCAAGGUGUACUAUCCUUACUACCAAUAUCCUUAUGCCCCUCAGCCAGCCAAGCCUGUUACUCAUCCUCCUGUCACUCAAAAGCCUGCUACUGAAAAGCCAACAGCUCCACUGCAUCCUUACCACACAGAACCUGCUACGCAUCCUCCUGUGAACCCUCAGUAUUACUUUUCAUUCUACCCUCUGCCUGCAACUCCUCCCCCUGCUAUCAAAGUUCCUCAGGGCCAUGUGCUGCAUCCUUACUACCGACAUCCCAAGCCUGUAACUGUCUCUCCCCUUAAAGACCCCCAAAUUCCUUGGGAGUUUUUUUACCCUCAACCAGCCAAGCCUGUGACACCAAAGCCUACACCUGCCAUGCUUCCCCCUGCUACUGAAAAGCCAACAGCUCCACUACAUCCUUACUACCCAAAACCUGAUACUCUGCCUCCUGGGAACCCUCAGUUUUACUUUUCAUUCUACCCUCUGCCUGCUAAGCCUGUAACUCCUCCCCCUCAAGUGUCUACUCCUGCUACCAAAGCUCCUCAGGGCCAUGUGCAGCAUCCUUACUACCCACAUCCUCUCUAUCCACCACAUCCCAAGCCUGUAACUGGCUCUCCCCCUAAAUACCCCCAAAUUCCUUGGGAUUCCUUGAACCCUCAACCAGCCAAGCCUGUGACGCAUCCUCCUGUGACUCCAAAGCCUACACCUGCCAUGCUUCCCCCUGCUACUGAAAAGCCAAAAGCUCCCCUGCAUCCCUACUACCCUCAUCACUACCAACAGUUCUACCCUGAGCCAGCUAAGCCAAUUACAAUCCUGCUUAGGCCUGCAACUCAAACACCAGAACAAACUCCACUUGUAGUCCAUACAUGGACACCUGCUUCUCAACAACCUAGUCAUCCUAGAACUACUAAAGCACCUCCAACUGUGGCUCCUACUUUACCUCAGCCAGGUGACUCUUAUCCACCAAAUUCUGGCUAUUGUCCCACAAUCUGCCCUACUGGUUUCUUGACCUGCUGCCCCAUGCCCAUAUCUUUCCAUCAACACCACCACAACCAUUUUGGCCCUGUAACAUCCAAGGAUGGUGUUAUCAUUCCCGCUUACCCUAUCAAACAUUCAUCUGACUUGUUCAAUUAUGCAUCAUUUUCUGGACCUACCCAAGCCACUACAACCCCACAACCUACAACGGUUCAGACCGUUGCCCCCACUAUAGUGUCCUUGACUGGUUUCCAUGACUAUUGGAGUCAACAUGGAAUGAGGUUUUCAGCCUCCUUGACUUCGUAUGCCCAAGCACCUAGUGAUGCCAACAUGCCCUCAGAACCCCAACAUCAAAAACAGUCACAUUUUCAGCCCUACAGCCCAAAGCAGCCAAUGACCCCAUAUUUUGAAGCACCUGCCAGUGACUCCAACAAACCUACGGCACAGCAAAGACCAAUUCUGCCCCAUAACCCACAAUGGCUUAGGCAUGCAUAUCCUCUGCCCUACAACCCACAAGGUCCAGUACAGCCACAUGGCCAAGCACCUGUUUAUUCUAACAAGCCCUUGGAUCUUGAGCGACCUGCCAGUGACCCAAGUAAACCAUCAGAACCGCAAUCGCUAUCUAGUGACCUCAACAAGCCCUUAAAACGCCAACCUUCAAAGUGGCCACAUUAUCCUUUCAGACCUCCAAUGUGGUAUGACCCUGACAUGUUCUACGCAUCCAAGCCUCUGACGCAACCAGACCACAACCACCUGUCUGAAUCUGCAAUGCAGAUGCAUAGCACACUUGACCAACUGAGUCCUCAAGAGCAUCCGCAUGGAACGCCUCAGCCUCCAAGACCAGUCAAGGAACUGGGUGGCUCUCUUCCUGUUAAUUCAGAGGGUAUCUCUAGCCUUCAGCAGCCAAACCCCUCAGGCCAACAAAUGCCUACCCAUUACGGCUCAUGGCCAAUAUAUUAUGCUGGUUCCAAACCAUCCUACCCCCAGAAACCUGCAGCCAAGCCUUCUGGUAAACCCUCCAGACCUGAAUUCCCAGAGUCAUUUGAACACUAUUGGAAGCCCAUUGUGCCAUUAGAGUCUAACGAGGGGUUCCAUGGUUCUUACCCGGCCCAGUCCGCAGGAGGUUCUUACCCGGCCGCUAACUAAAUGAUGCAUGACCCGUCUCAUCCUUCAGUUAAUGGUGCUGAUGCCCACCAGAAGCAGUCAUGUUUUCCUAAUAAAGUAACAAACUGACAACUGCGCAAUAUUGUUUUCAUUGU